UAGAGGUAAUCUCUGGCUGCUCGCGGAGGUGAGUGGUAUUAGCGGUGAUUCGUGUUUGUUGGCGGGCUAGCCGAUAGGGUAAUCUCCUUGCGCUUCGGGAUGGCCAGAUUGCUCAUGGCCCUCUCGAGAUCGAAUUUAGCAGCGAUGCAUGGGGCUCGGCUGCACGGGCAGACAUCCGACCAAUGCCGAGGCAAUGUUGCAAGUCACUGGAGGCUCAUGAGGCGCAGACUAAGAAAUGAGCGGGUCAGAAAAGGGAUUGCCAAGGUGGACCCGCAGAAUGCCUAUCAGAAGAGGGCUUGGGCAAGGAAGGUCCGCGGUAGAUUCCAGGCUUUGAUGCCUAAUAUGGGUCUAGAAGAUGCUGUGAAAGUCUUGAUCGUAAAGAAAAAGUGCACAGUCCCUUGCAGCCAGGGACCGAGGUGAGGGUAUGCUCAUGACUGAAGCUGCUGGGUGGUCGCAUGUGCCCUUCACGCAG